CCAGGCUCAAGAAUAUGACACUGUAAUGACGGAAGUGUCUUGUCUUUAGGAUAUGGCUACGUUCAAAAACUAUGACCCAACGAGUAUCCAUCCUCGUCCGCAACAUGCUCGUGCGUGUGAAGCCUGUUAUGCGCGAAAAGUACGUUGUGAUAUAACCGGCACAUCUGUUACAUGUUCCAAUUGUGCUGAGCAUGGGUUCACUUGCAAACCCCGUUUACGGCGGCGGAAAGAUCACAGUCAGCAGCGACCACAGCCGGAUAAAAGAGCCAGAAUCUCGAGCCAUGUUCGGAAUUCUGUAUCGAGUCCUGCGUACCAGCAGAAUAACCCCCAACCGCAGAACUGGGACGUGGCCGCCCCGUCACCAGCACAGAGUCGUGCCGACACCGGCAUGGCACCGCUUCUCUUCAUCCACCACUGCGUCGCAGCUCCGAGCCCGAUUGACUUAGUCGCAGCAGCCUCGUCUCCAAGAGUCGACGAAUUCUACAACUCGUCGUACCUUUCGCGCCGCGCUGUCCUAGGAGACGAUUUUCCGGGGAUUGACCACUCUCACGGAGGUCGCCAGCCACAUGAGCAUACCUUGACUGAGAGCGACAUGAAAGUCCUUGAACUCUACAACGCCUUCGAACUUCCGUCGAUUCCCGUCCGUCAAGCAUUGUUUGAAAUCUUCUACAAAAAAUGCUGGACUUGGAUGCCGGUUGUCGAUGAUGGAACUGUCCCCGCCGACGCAUCCUCGAGGGUACCCUCGUUGCUGGUUCUCCAGGCCGUUCUCCUAGCUGCUGCUUCAACCAAGCCCAAAAGUGACAUGACCCUUCCAGCCCAUCCACAAUAUCGUCGGAUCAAAGCUAUCAUUGACACCGGUGCUGAGAGAAACCCGCUCAAUUUGCUUGCAGCAUUAUGUUUGGUGCAGUUCUAUGCGCCGGCCGCGCCAAAAGACAUUUCCACUGACCACCCAAGAUUCUGGGGAAACUAUGCGCUGGGUCUCGCUCAGCAGAUGGGCCUGAAUAUGAAGUCAACCAGGCGUAAUAGCCAGGAGGGGCUCAGACGAAGAGUUUGGUGGACGUUAUACGCAAGGGACAGUAUCAUGUCAUCCGCUCAUGGCCGUCCACGAAUCGUCAACCCUACCGAUUGCGGUGUCGAACCGCCAUCUAUAUACGACUUUCCGGACCCUAGUGAUAUUCGCGCGCAGAUCUUUGUAUCUUAUGUUGCUAUCACGGAGAUCUUGUGUGAUCUAUGCCAGCUGCUGACUAGGCAGAACGAUCCUCCACCGGCAGAAAAGAAUAAAGUAGGCCUCCGACUGCUGGAAUUCGUUCGAUCUUUGCCGCCCGCCCUCCGACUUAUUCAGGUAGAUGGGACCGCAAAGCCAUAUUCUUUCGACUUGGCUCAGUUACAUAUACACCUGCUGACCACGAUCAUUAUCCUUUAUCGUCCACGAUCAAUCUUCUACGUCCCCCCGGCUAGUUCACCGGCUAUUGUGGCAUCAAACAUCAGCUUCCGCAUUUUUGAAGCAAUGGAGCUGCGGGGGCAUACCUGUUCUCUGAGUUCCGGCUUUGCAUGGCAUUUGCUUGUCACCACUAUUCCGCAGCUCUCUUGUCUUGGAAUUCCAUCGCUGCGGGAAGAAUCCAGGGGCAAUCUCGACACACUCGAGCGUUGUUUUCGGACACUUGCGUCGACCAGACCAUCUGCCGCAAAUAACUUACGGAACAUCCAGGAGAUCCGCAAGGUAUUGGUAUCCAAGGAAGCACCUCCAAUGCCGCGGCUCAACGCCAACACAUCGGCAGAUGCUUUGUCCUUUUCCCCUCUGGAUUUGUUCGAUUCGUACGGAGCGGACAUUGCAGAAAACUAUAACCGCAUUACUACCGCGCUUGAACCCUCGGCGAGCACAGCAUUGCGGCCUGGCCCGACUGCCGAGAAUGUAUACUCUGCAGAUCUGAAUAUGUCACACAUGGUCUAUGUCCAAACGCAAUCGUUCACGCCAACACCAAGCAACCUAGGCGCCGGGGCUAUACUGGAUGACAUUCCAGACUUUGAACUUCUUGGGAAUAAUUUUCCUGAGGACGGCUGGAUGCGGAACUGGGUCAACGACUUGCAUCUCUUUAGCGAGUGAACUUGGAAGCCAUGAGAGAACGGAUCCAGGGCGGGCGCUCAGACGCCACCCAAGAUCAUCUUUACCUGCAUACACGUUUACCGGCGUCAUCGAUAUCCAAUGAUACCUGUACCUCUUCCUCCACCGCGCUCUCUGGCUUGUUUGAGUUCACUUCGCUUUGCAUGAUCACUCGUUGAC